AUUGACACUUCCGUGUCCAUUCCGCGCGACAUUUUUGCAUGUUUGGCGGGGAGGAAAUCUAUUGUUCUUGGCAGAAAACGUACAUUGAUUUUCAUCUUUCCUGGUUUCUGUGACACUAAGAACACCCACAAGCAUGGCUGAAAAGGACAAUGAAACGUUUGAUGAUGCUGUUGAAGAGAGGGUGAUCAACGAAGAGUAUAAGAUAUGGAAGAAGAACACACCAUUCCUCUAUGACCUUGUAAUGACCCAUGCCCUUGAAUGGCCAAGUUUGACCUCCCAGUGGCUUCCAGACGUCCAAAAGCCUGAGGGUAAAGAUUAUUCCAUCCAUCGUCUAGUUCUUGGUACACACACAUCUGAUGAACAGAAUCACCUAGUCAUAGCCAGCGUCCAGCUUCCAAAUGAUGAUGCUAGCUUUGAUGCAGCACACUAUGACAGUGAGAAAGGAGAAUUUGGAGGGUUUGGCUCCGUGAGCGGUAAGAUCGAGAUAGACAUCAAGAUCAACCACGAGGGAGAAGUAAACAGAGCGCGUUACAUGCCACAGAACGCCACCAUCAUAGCAACCAAGACUCCUAGCAGUGAUGUACUGGUCUUUGAUUACACAAAACAUCCAUCCAAACCAGACCUGAAUGGUCAGUGCAGACCAGACCUGAGACUCCGCGGUCAUUCUAAGGAGGGAUAUGGUCUCUCAUGGAACCCUAGCCUUCAUGGCCACCUACUCAGUGCCUCAGAUGACCAUACCAUCUGCCUAUGGGACAUCAAUGAUAAGCCUAAAGAGAAUCGUGUGGUAGAUGCGAAGACUAUCUUCACAGGUCAUUCAGCGGUUGUCGAAGAUGUCUCGUGGCAUCUUCUCCACGAGAGUCUGUUUGGAUCGGUUGCCGAUGAUCAGAAGCUCAUGAUCUGGGAUACGAGAGUAAGCAAUCUUGCCAAAGCAAGUCAUUCUGUGGAUGCUCAUACUGCAGAGGUGAACUGCUUGUCUUUCAAUCCAUACAGUGAAUUUAUUUUGGCUACUGGCUCGGCUGACAAAACUGUUGCAUUGUGGGAUCUUCGUAAUCUGAAACUCAAGCUUCACUCAUUCGAGUCGCACAAGGAUGAGAUCUUCCAAGUUCAGUGGUCUCCGCAUAAUGAGACAAUCCUUGCUUCCAGUGGUACCGACAGAAGACUCAAUGUAUGGGACUUAAGUAAAAUUGGUGAGGAGCAGUCUCCUGAAGAUGCGGAAGAUGGACCUCCCGAGCUUCUCUUCAUCCACGGAGGUCACACGGCUAAGAUCUCAGAUUUCUCAUGGAAUCCUAACGAACCCUGGGUCAUCUGCUCCGUCUCUGAAGAUAAUAUCAUGCAAGUUUGGCAGAUGGCGGAGAACAUUUACAAUGACGAAGAUCCAGACACGUCAGCGGCUGAUUUAGAACAGCAAACUGCAUCAUAAAAGCUCCACUCUUUGAAACAAAUUUGGAUCAACAAAAGAAAAACAAAGACUCAAACUAUACUUGACUAUCAUUAGCCUACCCAUUUCUAGUGCCAUCACUUCCUUAUUCCUUCCUCUUUUCACGAUGUGUUUGCCUGAUUACCUCUUUGGUACCCCCAAAAUGUCCUUGUUUUUUUUUGCUACUUGUAUGUCUGAGAUCUAAACCAGAAGAUAAAAAAAAGUAAACUCAUAAAAAAAAAAAAAAUUCCUGAUAAAUUCCUGUCAAUUUGAAUCCUUCAGUAGUUGUCUGGUCUAGGAUCAUUUGAAUAUCUUUUAUAUAAUGUUGAUAGUUUUCGUAUGUUUAUUGAAGGUGAUCAGUACGGUUGUUAAUAUAGCCCAGGGGUGGUGUCUUGGGGAUAAUUGUCUUUGUAAGGGACGUACAGUCGCGUAAAAGGUCUUAGAUUUCAGCAUAAAGGGUCAUGGAGAUCAGAGAGCUGAAAAGGAAGGAUUGAUUCUUGAGGAAUGGAAUGAAAAUAAGUUUCUGAAGGCUUGUUGGGACAUACUGAGACAACUCUUCAUGGCAAUAAUCCCUGUGACAUCAGUCAUUUACGGCACAACAAGCCUCGCCGUUAAUGUUACUGAAAUGCAAAGUCUACCUAGACUUUUCUCAUGAGGAUUUUUCUGUUUAUUUGCAUGUAGAGAAAAUACUUUUAUAGACAGCAUAAAUUUAAACACCCAACACUUAGGUUGUUGCUGCUACAAUGUGUGUUUAAUCAUAAAUGUUAGUCUGUGUAGGUACUCGAGCUUAACUACGGUGUUAAACAUACAAGUAUACCUCACCAAUAUUUGCAUCUAUUCCCCAAAAAAAUUUGUAGGGUGGAGAAACGGUUUGUAAAUUUUUGUGAAUAUUCCAUCUUAGAACGGAGGAUGGUAGGAUAAGGGACUUAUUUUUUAGAAUAAGUGCACAAGCGUUUUAUGCUGAAUAUUAUAUAUUUUCCAAUGUAAUGGUCCUUUUCCGUUGUACCUGAAUGAAAUUGAUGAAUAAUUAGUGAUACCUCAUGAUGGUUUGCUUAAAACAGAGCAUUAUUUCUGUCUAAUUGGUACGGAGUUUCCUAGUGUUUACCUGGUUGUAUGUUUGAUAUCAAAGCAGGAAAUACAAACUCUUAUAAAAAUAAGUAAGUUGGUGGUGUAAGAAUGUUGCAUCUUCUCUAACUGUAUUUAUUCUGUUGCAGUACGUUUCACUUCAUUUUGCUUUUUGAAAGCAAAUAUUCAUUCUUUGAUCGUUGUUGUCUUUGCUUCGGUUAUUCUAUGUUAAUUAUAUAAUUUUCCAGUCGACGGAUGCUGUAUUAAUUUAUCUGAAGUACUGAAGAUUAUAAGUUAUUUUGUCUGCUGUCUGCAUUCAUUUGAAAAGUGAGUGAAGAGACCAAGUACUGCUGCUCCCUCACUAUAAAGAAAGAGAGAGGGGAAAAAGGGAAAUGUAUUCGACCUAAUUGCAACAUCAGUAGGUAAUAGCAAGAGCGAUCAAAUCAAAUGAUUACUAUCAGUGUUUUUCGAUGAUUUCCAUGUAUUUUCCUUGUAAGGAAUUGAUUAUACAAUGUACAGUAUGUAUCAUUUUUUUUCUACAAUAUGAAUUGUGUUCAGCCAAUGUCCGAUUUUCUGUAAUUCAGUGUAAAAACAGUUGAUUAAAGGACAUGUAGUAUUUGUA